GAGCAGAUCUUUAUCUCCCAUCCGACGGCGCGAGAUGAGGAGAUGGAGACCCUUCUGUACAUCGCGCGGAAGCGCGUGGAGGACACCCUCUCCUACGAGGCGUUGUAUGUCGCCUCCCUCUCUCCGAAGACCAUCGUCUACAAGGGCAUGCUGAAGUCCUCGGCGAUCGUGAGCUACUACAAGGAUCUCCGCGAUCCGCGGUACAAGGUCCAGUACGCGCUCUGGCACCGCCGGUUUAGCACCAAUACCAUGCCACGGUGGCCCCUGGCACAGCCCUUCCGCUACUUGGGCCACAAUGGCGAGAUCAAUACCAUCCAGGGCAACUACAACUGGACCCAUGCGAGAUCGGGAUCUUUCGAGCAUCCCAACUUCGGCUAUCGCAUGAGGGAGGUGCUGCCACCGUGCCGCGCAGAAAACUCCGACUCCGGCAACAUGGACUGUUACCUGGAGCUGAUCCUCCGCUGUAACCGCGAGCUUCCGGAGGCGCUGAUGAUGAUGAUUCCGGAGGCCUACAAGGCAGCCGACGAGAAGUCCAGCAAAAAGGUCACGGAGUUCUACGAGUACUGGGGAGCCUUGCAGGAGGCCUGGGACGGACCAGCCCUGGUGGCCUUCUGCGACGGGGAGUACAUGGGUGCCACCUUGGACCGCAACGGCCUCAGGCCUGCAAGGUACUUCCAGCUCAAUGACGGGACCUGUGUGGUUAGUUCCGAGACUGGGAUCCUGGACAGCGAGCUUUUUCCAGCAGCCAUGUUCAAGUCGAAAGGCCGACUCGGACCCGGUGCGAUGGUGGCUAUUGACCUCCACACUGGCGAGCUCAUAGAGAACGACGAGAUCAAGAAGAAGAUGGCAGCCAAGAAGCCUUAUGGCGACUGGAAUAAGGUCUUUCGUGAAGAAAUGGGCCGCGAGCCUUUCCUCUCUGCGAACCACGACCUCGCCGUGCCAAGGGCGAUCGAGCAGAACCUGAUGACUAUGCAGUUUGACAUGGGCUACACCAUCGAGGAUGUCGAGAUGGUUGUGGAGGCCAUGGCGCAAACAGGAAAGGAGCCCACUUUUUGCAUGGGAAACGAUAAGCCGCUGGCGGUGGUGUCUGACAGAGCCCACGUCCUCUACGACUACUUCACCCAGCGCUUCGCACAGGUCACCAACCCGGCCAUCGACCCCUACCGCGAGUCCCUCGUGAUGUCGACGGAUGUUUUCCUGGGUCGGCAAGGCAACCUUAUGGCAGAGGCACCGACCUAUUUCCAGAACAAGGCCAAUAACCGUUUGGUAAAGGUGGACUCGCCGUUCCUGAAUGAAAGACAGUUGUAUGGUAUCAGGAACAGUGGUCUGCUGACGGUGCAGCUCAGCACCCGAUACGACUUCGAGCGAGGUCCGGGUGCCCUGGAGAAGGCGGUGUCGGACCUGUGCUACGAGGCCUCCAAUGCCAUUCGAAACGGGGCCGAGUUAAUCAUCCUUUCCGACGUUCCACGCAACUCUGAUUUCAUGUCCUUCGAUGUGCGCGACCCGGAUAUCGAGCUCGAGAGGUCCAUGUUAGCCAUCCCACCACUCCUGGCCGUCGGUGCGGUUCACCAUUACCUGAUCCAACAAGGGCUCCGUACUCAGGCAUCCCUGGUUGUGAGCACGGGGCAGUGUUGGAGCACUCACCACUUUGCCUGCCUCAUCGGCUACGGCGCUUCCGCCGUCUGCCCCUACCUGGCGCUGGCACAUAUCCGUCGCUGGCAUUCCACGGACAAGGGCGCUGCGAAGGCCGAUGGGCAGAGCGUGGAAGAGGUGCAGGCCAACUACAAGCGAGCCAUCAAUGCCGGGCUGAAGAAGAUCAUGUCUAAGAUGGGCAUUUCUGUGUUGGAGUCGUACCGGGGCGCACAAAUCUUCCAGUGUAUCGGGCUCGACGAGAAGGUGGUCGAACGGGCCUUCACAGGCACCCCCUGCACCGCUCCGGCCCUGUCCUUCACGGAUAUUGCCAACGAGUCCAUGAUGUUCCACCGCAGGGCCUUUCCAGAGCUGGAGGAGACGGCAGAGAAGCUGGAGUUUGCCGGGUGGUACCGGUACAUCAAAAACAAAGGCGAGUUCCACAUGAACAAUCCGGACAUGGCAAGGGCACUGCACCGGGCCGUGCGGAACAAGGAGCCGUUGGCCUACGAGGAGUACCGGCGACAGAUCAUGGAUGGCCGGCCGGUUACCGCCAUCCGAGACCUUCUGGAUUUCGCAUCAGAUCGCCAGCCAGUGCCGCUGCAAGAAGUGGAGGAUGCCCUCUCCAUCUGCAACCGCUUCGUCACCGGCGGAAUGUCCCUGGGCGCUCUGUCGCGGGAGGCGCACGAGGUCAUCGCCUUGGGCAUGAACCGGAUCGGAGGCAUGAGCAACAGUGGCGAAGGCGGCGAGGAUCCUGUGCGGUUUCAUCCCAUCGAGGACGUAGACGAAGAAGGCAAUUCGGCAACUUUCUCUCACCUCAACGGCUUGAGGAAUGGGGAUUCUGCGACAUCCGCGACGAAGCAGGUGGCCUCGGGUCGCUUCGGAGUCACUGCUGCCUACUUGCGCAGUGCGAAGCAGCUGGAGAUCAAGAUUGCACAAGGCGCCAAGCCUGGCGAAGGUGGCCAGCUCCCUGGACCCAAGGUGGACGAGUACAUCGCCAGACUCCGCAACAGCGUUCCUGGUGUAGAGUUGAUCUCGCCACCGCCACAUCACGACAUCUACUCCAUCGAGGAUUUGGCUCAGCUGAUCUUCGACUUGCAUCAGGUCAGUCCCGAUGCAAAGGUAUCCGUGAAGCUAGUCGCCAGUUCCGGCAUCGGUACCAUCGCUGCUGGUGUCGCUAAGGCGAACGCGGAUGUCAUCCAAAUCUCGGGGCAUGAUGGUGGCACUGGUGCCUCUCCACUCAGUAGCAUCAUGCAUGCAGGUGGGCCUUGGGAGCAGGGUCUGUCAGAGGUGCAGGGCGUGCUGGUUGAGAAUGGCCUGCGCAACAGGGUCACCCUGCGUGUGGAUGGUGGCAUCAAAACUGGUUGGGACAUUGUCGUGGCCGCCAUGAUGGGGGCCGAGGAAUUCGGGUUCGGCAGUGUGGCGAUGAUCGCAGAGGGCUGCAUCAUGGCACGCGUUUGCCACAUGAAUCGCUGCCCCGUCGGGGUGGCAACGCAGCGGGAAGACCUGCGCCGGAAGUUCCCCGGAACGCCCGACCACGUUGCAAACUUCAUGCUCUUCGUGGCUGAGGAGGUCCGAACUAUCAUCGCAGCUUUGGGUUACCGGUCACUGGAUGAGGUCAUUGGUCGCUCGGACCUCUUGAGACCACGUGCAGAGAAUGCUGUUCGGACCAAUGUUCCACAGCCUGCCAUGGCUUCCGGACAGAGAAAGCGACGGACCCCCAAGCAGCUCGUGAAGACCAGCUCCAUCGACCUCGGUGGCUUCGUCUUGGACGAGCAGCCGGAGGAAUCCGACCGCCUCGCCUGGGUGGGUGCGAAAAGAGGAAGUGCGGCCCAUAGCAACGGGCCCGUGUUAGAUGAUGAGAUUCUUUCUGACCGGGAAGUUUCCGGAGUUAUUGAGAGCAACAGCGGCAGCGUCUGCAAGGAGAUGAGCAUCCAGAAUGUAGACAGAUCCGUUGGUGGUAGAAUAGCUGGUGCCAUCGCCUCCAAAUACGGAGACGAUGGCUUCAAAGGUGAGAUUGAGCUCAGCUUCGUUGGCUCUGCAGGACAGUCCUUUGGUGUGUGGAACACCUCAGGUGUGCACCUCAGAGUCGAAGGAGACUGUAACGAUUAUGUGGGAAAAGGCAUCAAUGGAGGUACCAUCGUGGCCAUCAAGCCGCGGGAUAGCUCCUUCUCAUCAGAGCAGAAUGUCAUUGCAGGUAACACCUGUCUCUAUGGCGCCACGGGCGGUCAGGUUUUCUUGAGUGGCCGCGUGGGCGAACGAUUUGGCAUACGAAAUGCUGGCUGCGAAGCGGUUAUCGAAGGUUCGGGCGAUCACCUGGGUGAGUACAUGACCAAUGGGGUGAUUGUUGCUCUGGGCACGGUCGGCCGCAAUGUUGGUGCUGGAAUGAGCGGUGGGCUUCUGUAUAUCUACGACCCUGAAGAGAAGGGGCUGCAACUGAAUGCAGACAACCGAAGAAAUGCCUUCCGCGUCACGGCCAGGGCAGGCCAAGAGCAGCUAAAGAGCCUCAUCCGGAGGCACCACGACCUAACUGGUAGCUCGAUCGCUGCGGCCAUUCUUGAGGAUGUGCAAGCGGCGCACUCUCUGCGUGAACGGUAUGAAGCCCCGAGGCAAUCCAAGUUCCGAGUCUCGGCAAUUCUGCGGUUCGUGCGCACGGACGGCUCCUGCGACAUCUUCGAGGCCGUAAAUGCCGAGCCGCACGAUGCCAACAUUCGUGGGGCGAUCUGUGCGGAAAGGGUGGCCCUCUGCCAGUUCCAGAAGGAGGAGCUUCAAAAAGGCAGCCGCGUGGUUCGGGUCGUCUGCGCCACGGACUGCGAGGACCCCAUUUUCCCCGGUCCGCUGUGCCGGGAGUUCCUGACCGCCACGUGCGAUCCGAGCAUCGAGGUCGUGGCCACGGGCUCCAAGGGCUCGUGGGAGAUUCAGCCUCUUAAGGAGCUCCUGCCUCUGCCGUCUUUGUACCGGAACCUGGACAACGAGGCGGCGAAGGCCAAAGCCGCGGCCAUGGGAAAGGAGGCCAAGGAACCCGAGGACCAGAGAUUUGCGAAGCUUUACCAGGCCGCAGCAGCUCUAGCCCUCGCACAGGGCAAGCAGACCACGAUCUAUCCUCUGGCCUUUGCUGCAGCUGCCAGCUUCGAGGAUGGCAGAAUCUGCACGGCGGCGGAGCUCAAAGGCAUCGAGUACGGCUGCACGGUGGAUGCAGUGUCCCUGCUUCUGCCGGAGCUGGUCCGGGCCCGCAAGGAGGGACGACCUGGGGCGACUGCCAUCCUCCAAGUGGAUAACUAUGGCCUUGC